AUGCUCGGCAUGGCAGUCAAGCGACAUAUGGAUGACACGACGACUGGCAUUAUCAUCAGCUCAACGUUGAGCUGCACCUUGGAGCCCAUAGCCUUUCAGCCAAUUGAUCCCAUAACAGGGGAGUAUCUUCCUGUCAAGCUCACACAGAAGCUCUUUGGCGACCGCGAUGACUUUAUGACACCCGAGGAAUCGAACACUGAAGCUAGCCCUACCUUGCUCUUCGACGUCCCUAAGAGCGAGCUUACGGGAUACGAGGAAUUUGCGGAGGACGAUUUCAUAGUUUAUCGUCAGAAACUAGGAGUGAUUCGGGCUAUUGAACACGAUGCUGUCUUGCUUCUUCCAAAUUCGGAGGUAGUCUCUCCCCUUAGCACUGCAGCUCUCGAACUUCCUCUCUGUGCAGAUCCUAAGGUUACCAUCUCGAUGCCAGAAACGAAAUGCCGGGACCUGGGAAACGGCCAAGUUGUGCGGACGAUGUACACGGAAGAUAUACAGCCUGGCCAAUCUGUUCUUAUCGAUCCAUUGAACCUCUACCGGAACAAGCUCUCUGCUGAGUACCGAGGGCGAUCAAUAAGGGCGCAUAUGCUCGCUGCACCGAUAGAGGAUAUUCAUAUUGACUGGCUGUGUCCCAAUGUGUUCUCUAGCAAACCCCAGGAGUGUGGCCCAAAUCGCGAAGUGUUAAGGUUGUCUACCUUACAGGGAAAUGCUGUCAAGUGCGAUUUCGCGCAACCAUCGGGUGAGGAAUCCCUGGCGUCGGGCUGCGAAUCCAUGCUUGCCAUCGGAGAGCGUGUCCGGUUCCGCGACCCUGCGGACGCAGCGACCAAAUAUCCGGGAUAUCAGCAUCUUCCCUCAGACCAGACUUUCGGCCAUGACCUGAACAUCUUUCGGAUUGCAUCAACCAAAACCGAAGCUGUAGUUCGAUGGCAAGAUGGGAGCUGCACUACCGAGGCUAGCAUUUCACUACGCCGUUAUCACGCACCAGAGGACCAUCUGUGGCCUGGCAAAUAUGUUGUCCUGAAAGAUGGUGUCGUGACCGUGACCGAGUCACCUCCAGGCCCCAGUCAUAGCCGAGCGACAGACACACUACGGGUGCAGAAAGUCGGGGUAGUACAGGCAGUUGAUAACCGAGAGCAAAUCGCGUCUGUGCGCUGGUAUAGAAAUCCACGUGUUGAGCUGAUCUGCAAAGGAAGUGCAUUGGGCCCUCACUCAUCUUUGGGUCAUCUGGAAGAAACAACCACAACGGUCUCCGUUUACGAGCUCGCCACAUUCCCUGCCUUUAACAGGUCGCUGAAUGACUUGGUGAUCCUUGCGCCGUCAACCAUUGACCAGACAGCGAUAUCCCCAUCACAUGAGCAGGAGAGCAUUAUAUCAAGUCCAACGAAGUCCUUCACCCAUAAUACCUUUUUACGAUAUGCGCACUACCUUCAUUCUAUAAAGUCGGCAAUGGUAGAAUCCGAGUGGUUCAAGAAAACGACGACCAUCCGCGCGCCUCGAUUGCGUCGUCGGUACAGCAUACAAAGCGAUGAAUCUACUCUGUCUGUUCACUUUGUUGGUAAGAUUGUUGCGAUGGAUCUCAACGGCGAGAUCACUGUUCGACUUCCAGGCCACAACAGCUGCCGCGACAUUCGAGUGCCGUUGGAGAGGAUCAUGAUGGUGAUCCCUUCCGAUGAUCAAAUACCAAAUGAUUCCUUGAUCUCGCCUUAUGAAGGCAACCUUGACGAGAAUAGUAGUGAUAGUGAAUGGGACACCGAAGACGAAAGCGACGGCUCUCUGAAUUCGGAGGAGCUUACUUCUCCGUCCAGGGCGACUGAUAUUGGGAGUUUGGAAGAGGUUACGACGACGAGCAAGCCCGAGUUCCAGUUCGAUAGGUCUCAGUUGCCCUCUGAGCGAGUACCUGUCGCUGGCGACACUUCUACACCCAUAGUCUAUAUUACCGCGCCGACAUCAUGUCCUCCAAACUUCGCCGUGUUGGAAGAUCCGCCUCCCUCCAAUCAUUAUUUUAUUACCCGCACGUAUUCGGGUUCACUCAGGACAUGUAUGAAACGCUUACAAAAAGAGUAUGAGGUCCUUCAAUCUUCUCUACCUUCCGGGAUCUUUGUACGGACAUGGGAGUCUCGGAUGAACCUGAUGCGUGUGAUGAUGAUUGGCCCCGAAGGCACCCCAUAUGAGCAUGCUCCUUUUGUGAUAGACUUCUGCUUCACUCCGGACUUUUCCCGUCAGCCUCCGUUAGCGUUCUUCCACUCGUGGACUGACGGGCAAGGGCGCAUAAAUCCUAACCUGUACGAGGAUGGCAAGAUCUGUCUCAGCAUCCUAGGAACGUGGCCGACGCGGAACCCCGACGAGAGCUGGAUACCUGGAAAAUCGACCGUCCUCCAGAUACUCGUCUCGAUUAUGGGACUCGUCUUGGUCAAGGCACCAUUUUACAACGAGGCUGGAUACGAACUUCUUGCGUCUGAAGACAACAAACGAGUCGAAUCUCUCCAGUACACGGAGAGGGCAUUUAUAAUGACACGCAAAUUCAUCCUGCAAGCUUUACAAAACCCAAUUUGUGGCUUGACGGAUGUCCUAUUCUGGCAUUACCUACCUGACAGUUCCUCAAAUCGUCCACAGCUACUUAAGAGAGUCAUCAAGGAGGCUGUCCAAAUGAUCCAGCAUUCCAGUAGCACAUCUCCCAACGGGGACUGUCAGAAACCGAUGGCAUCGGAAUUCUUACCUCGACUCAGCCUGGGAGCUGUUGUCAUGCUCAAGAGGCAUGUUGCUGCUCUACAGAAGCUCGAAUCAAAUGUUCAGUCUUCGCAGAGCCCUCAAAUUACGGGUUAA